UGUAAUGGAGCUCAGGACUGUAGUGGCCACGGUGGAAAACGGGGAGCAAGAUGCGGUCCUCAAGGUGCUUCAGAUCUACAACCAGGAGGGAUGAAAGAGAAGGAAAGCAACUUUGACCUGGCAGCAUAGGCUGUAUGUUGGCUUUUCAAACAAGUUUCAUUCCUGCUUGUGAUGAGAUGUAGUUGGAGUUGCUGGAUACAAGCUGUGUUGAACAGAGAAGACAAUAAUGAAGCAAAACUCUCAGCAGCAGGAAAACUGUCCUUGUGUCUGGCUCCUCAGGAGCCUGUGCUGCUUGUUACAAAUCCUGUGAAUACUGCAGACCUCUCUAAGUCCUCUGACACCUUGCCUCUUUGAUUCCCUGCCUCUGAGCUGAAAUCUCAGUGCUUCACCUUUGAUGAUGAGGAACGGGAGGAGAGGAAGAAAAUGGCCCAGUUGCUGAUCAAGUUCCUGGAAAGAGAGCUCCAGCCAUCCUGCCAGGUCACGUGCUUGGAAAGCAUCCGCAUCCUGUCCCGGGACAAAUACUGCCUUGAGCCUUUCACCACCAAGGAAGGGCUGAAGACCCUCUCCAGGCAUGCUGGCAUUGAUUACUCAGAGGAGCUCAUCCGAGAGGUCCCAGACUUGGAGGUCAUCCUGGAAUCCCUCAAAUGCCUCUGCAACAUUGUCUUCAGCAGCCCGAGGGCACAGGAGCUGACAGCUGAAGCUCGGCUGGUGGUGGGCCUGACAAAGCGCGUCAAACUCUACAAUGAGAGGAGCCUUCCUCAUGAAGUCAAGUUCUUUGACCUGCGUCUUCUCUUCCUGCUGACAGCGCUGAGAGUGGACAUCCGACAGCAGCUAGCCCAGGAGCUCCGGGGCAUCAGCCUGAUGACAGACACCCUGGAGCUGACUCUUGGCAUCAAGUGGAUGGACCCCUAUGAAGUUGUCACUGAGGAAGGACUGCUUCCACCUUUGCCUCGGCAAGAGACGGAGCGAGCCAUGGAAAUCCUGAAAGUGCUCUUCAAUAUCACUUUUGAUUCCAGCAAGAGGGAAGUGGAUGAGGAAGAUGCUGCUUUGUACCGGCACUUGGGUGCCCUCCUGCGCCACUGCCUCAUGAUCUCUGCUGACGGGGAGGACCGGACAGAGGAGUUCCACAGCCACACAGUUAAUCUUUUGGGUAACCUGCCCCUGAAAUGUCUGGAUGUUCUCCUGACCCCAAAAGUCCGCCCGGGAUCGCUGGAGUACAUGGGUGUCAACAUGGAUGCGGUUAAUAUCCUGCUGGAUUUCCUAGAACGACGCCUUGACAGGGGACAUAAGCUGAAGGAGAGCUUGACCCCUGUGCUGAACCUGCUGACUGAGAGUGCCAGAGUCCACCGCCAGACAAGGAAGUUCCUGAAGGCAAAGGUGCUGCCUCCGCUGCGGGAUGUGAAAAAUCGUCCAGAGGUGGGGAACUCGCUGCGGAACAAGCUGGUGCGUUUGAUGACCCACAUCGACACCGACGUGAAGCACUGUGCAGCUGAAUUCCUCUUCGUGCUCUGCAAGGAGAGCGUGUCACGGUUCGUGAAGUACACAGGCUACGGGAAUGCAGCUGGGCUCCUGGCAGCACGAGGCCUGAUGGCUGGUGGCCGGGAGGAGGGAGAGUACUCGGAAGACGAGGACACUGACACGGAGGAGUACAAAGAGGCAAAGCCCAACAUUAAUCCUGUGACGGGACGUGUUGAGGAGAAACUUCCCAACCCCAUGGAAGGGAUGACUGAAGAGCAGAAGGAAUACGAAGCCAUGAAGUUAGUCAAUAUGUUUGACAAGUUGUCCAGAGAGCAAGUCAUCCAACCCAUGGGCAUCACGCCGAGUGGCAACCUGGCCCCCAUGGAGAAUGCCAUCCAUGAUAUAGCUGAUGAGAGGUCCUCUUCUGACUCGGACCUGGGGCUGGACUGAUCCUGACCUCUUGCCCCAGCCUCAGAGAGCUGGGCGGCCUCCACCCGCUCUCGUCCAGAACUGGUGCUGCACCUGGAGGCUAGUACCAGACCGGGACUCUCCCCAUGGGAUCUGAAUCCAGCCUGGGCCCCUCACACUUCGCAACGAAGAACCUCCAGCCUCCUUCUCAGCUCUGUAACCACCUCUCCUUCUGGAAGGUCAUCAUGGCCUGGCUCCACUUGGUCUCUUCCAUUGGCAGCUUUGAGAAUAUCAGACUCCCAAUUGCUUCCAGGACUUUUCAGUAGAAUUUUUUUUUUUAAAUGUAUGAUGUUUGGGGGGG